AUGUCUUCAAACAAUAAUGCUUUAAGCUUUGUUUUUGUUGAUCCUUCGCGUCAGAUUUCUCGUCAAAAACUUCUCGAAGAGAUUCAAAUUCUUACUGAUGAAAUUUCUUCCUUAAACUCCAAGAUAUCUUCUUUAGAAGCAGAAAUUUCUUCGCUUCAUCAAUUGGUAUAG